AAGAAAAUAAUUCCCAAUAGAAAGUUCUAAUGUUGUUGUUUUUUUGGUUGACCAAUGUGCAACAUUUUUGAUUUUGGUUUCUCACGUAAUUUUUAUCAUUACUCCAGCUUAUAAAUUCCAGUAUGGAAAAUGUUUUCCCCAGGAUUGGAAAAUGUUAACUGUCAUCCCUAUAGAAAAAUUGAAUGGAACAAUAAAAUGUGAACAGCAUAGACCAAUUAAUAUGGUACCUGUAUAUGAAAAGCUUCUAGACACUGUUGUCAAUCAGCAAUUUCAUCAAUACGUAGAAGAAAAUAAAUUACCUAUAAAAUACCAAGCUGGUUUCAGGAAGGACCAUUUAUGUGAGAGAGCGCUUCAGUCUGUUAUUACAGGAUGGAAAAAUGUUUUGAGUGUGAGUCAUUAUGUGGGUUUUUGUUUUUAUCGACUGUAGGAGAGCAUUCGUAACUAUAAAUAAAAAUUGGUUGAUAAAAAAACUAGAAAAAUAUGGCUUUGAAGGCAACGUUUUAAGAUGGUUCUCAGAAUACUUGCAGCAAAGAACUCAGCGAACAAAGUACAAAAACUCUUUAUCUUCUGUAAGAGAAAAUAGACAUGGUCUGCCUCAGGGAACAGUGUUGGGUCCUGAUCUAUUCGUGCUGUAUAUA